CGCCGGACGCGGGCCCCCUGGCGAGCUGAGAUCAUGAUUGUCCCCGCUCCAGCUCGCUCAGCCGAUCGCAAACAGCGGCAAACCCACUUGGGCAUCUCAUAACAAAGCCGGUCUCACGACAGUUCCGUUCCACAAGCUCUGCCCUGUGACGAACGCUAGCCAAGGCAUGUCUGAGUACUGCCAAGCUAUCGCCCAUGUCAUCCAUUGGCCCGCGUCAUCGUCAUCGGAGCUGAGGUCGCGUAGUCCCGUGCAACCAGCUGAAAUACCCCUCCAUCCUGCUCUUUCCCCUCUCUAUAUCAGCAUCUUGACAUCCUCCUCCAUUUCCAGCCUGGCGUUCAAGCGGACCCAGUUUUGAAAAAUCAAACUUCAUUUUUCUACUCUUACACACACAUUCACCACCAUGGAUUUCGUCAACAAGCUCGCAGGCGGUGGCAACGACAACAAAGCCGCCAGCGAACAUCAGCAACAGAACCAACAGGCCGGCUCCAGUAGCUUCAUGGACAAGCUGCACGGCAUGGCAGGCGGCGGCCCGGAGAGCGAGAAGAAGGAAGGCGCUCUCGACAAAGGCAUCGACUGGGUGCAGGAAAAUGUCCUGAAGCAAGGCCCUCAGGACAACGAGAGCGCCGCCGAGCAGGCCAAGGACCGUUUCAUCGCCGAGCAGAUCCGCCAGCAGUACAAGAAGGCCACCGGCAAGGACAUGCCCUUCGGGGAGGCGGAGAAACAGGCUCAGGAGGAGAAGAAGGCGGGAUUCCCCAACUUCGGCGGGCUGCUUGGUGGUAAAUAAGUGAUCACGGUGUUUUAUGGUGGUCUUACAGAGGUAGCCGCAUGCCCAUGGGGUCGCUCUUCGGGAGCUGUACAUCUGAUGGGUGGAAUGAGUGCAGACUCAGCCAGCACAACAUCCGGAACACCAACACCAGCCAUAUCUCCCCCAAUCUACAAAAGGCCAAGUCCUCAGUCCUGUGCGAACAUCCUGCUCUCGGCGUCCAAUGCAAGGAGUGCGGCUCCCUCCCCAGUAUUUCCCACAAGACGGCUUUGAUAUACUCCUCCAAGAACCACCCCUCACCGAACUCCAAGCUUUCGGCGGCCGCAUUGGCUAGGCCUGAUAAUCUGACCGGUUGGACUUUGCCUGGGGAGCUGUUUCUGUGCC